UUGACGUCGCCUCGGCAUAGCCUCAUACCUCGCGGUCUCGCUUUCGCAUUGCUCGGUUGGUCUUUAUUCUAUGGUUGGUCGUCGCUGUAUCUGUGCGGUGCAGUUCCGACUGACCGACGAACGUCGUCCGCGGCGGUGGUUCUGAUAACGGGACGAUGGCGCCUGCGGUAGCGGCUAGAGGCCGGCGAAGCAGCGUUCAGUGAGUGCCUGUGGUGUGUGCGUUCACGGAGGGUCUCCGAUUCCGUCGAGUGUGUGGUGCGAUUCUGCGUCGGUGCGCGACCGCCACCAUGAUAUUCAGCUCGGCCGACAUCCUGACCCAGCAGCAGCUGAAGCGGCUCUCCGAGCACAAGUACAGCUGCUCGGGCUCCUCGUUUGCGGACCCUUUCAUGCAACCCUUCUGGAACUGGGUGACCAGCAAGUGCCCGUUCUGGCUGGCGCCUAACCUCAUGACGCUGUCGGGACUAUUCGUCAACAUUGCCACAUCGCUCGUGCUCGUGUGGUACAGCCCUACGGCCACGCAGGAGGUUCCUCGGUGGGCGUUCCUUCUGUGUGCACUUGGCCUCUUUGUCUACCAGACGCUCGAUGCCUGCGAUGGGAAGCAGGCGCGGCGCACAGGCACCAACACUCCCCUCGGGGAGCUCUUCGACCACGGCUGCGACUCCAUAUCAACGGUGUUCGUAGCCCUGGCGGUGUGCAUAGCUGUGAAGCUGGGCUCAUACCCGGGCUGGAUGUUCUUCCAGUGCUUUGUGGCCAUCACCCUGUUCUACUGUGCCCACUGGCAGACCUACGUGUCGGGGACACUGCGCUUUGGAAAGUUUGAUGUGACGGAAGCGCAGUUCUCGGUGAUGAUGAUCCACAUCAUCUCUGCACUCUUUGGCCCCGACAUUUGGGCAACCAAGGUUCCCGUCAUUGAGCUGCCACUCAAGUUUCUGCCUCUCUGCUCGGGUCUAACGGCAGGCAGCAUUGCCCUCUUCAGCUACGCGGGGACCAUCUUCACCGGUGGGGUCGGCAAGAAUGGCUCGACAGUUGCCGGCACGAGCGUUCUAUCUCCAAGUAUCCCCAUUGCACUGGUGGUGGUUCCAGCGUUCAUCAUCUACCAGAAGUCGAGCACCAGCAUCUACGAGAACCACCCGUGCCUGUACAUUAUUGCCUUUGGCAUGGUUGCUGCCAAGGUCACAAACAGGCUCGUGGUGGCACACAUGUGCCGUAGCGAGAUGGACUACAUGGACUCUGCACUGCUGGGUCCCGGCAUGCUUUUCCUCAACCAGUACUUCAAUACUUUCAUCAACGAGUACAUCAUUCUGCUUGUCUGCCUAGUGUACUCGGUGGCGGACCUUCUGCACUACUCGGUGAUAGUGUGCAACCAGAUCUGCGCCCACCUGCAGAUCCCACUGCUGCGGAUUGUGCCCAGGUAUGCCGUGGGCGCCUCCCCUGCUUCCACGUCGGUCUCCUCCGACAAGGUGUCGGCCACCCAGUCACAGGCCGAUGCAGAGGAGGCCUGCUCCCUGCUAACGCCCGAGGAGCCUCCACCGUACCACGAGUCACUAAUGGAGCUGGACUGCGACACAGUCCAUGCCUGAGCCAGCGAGGAGGAAUACUCCUCUCACAGGACUGAAUGACGAGCAGAGGGCAGCCAAAAACAGACAUCUGCGUCACAAACAUGUGCACUGCGUAUGCUGUCUCUCUUUUCUCCCUCUCCGAGCAGAUGACAACUGGCCAGUGCUGUCUGUGGGUGUGUGUGCAUGUGUGUCCAUUGCCAGUUUUCACCCACUGUCCGACAUGCCUUGGCAAGAUUGUGCACUACGACAUCCUACACAAGGUGUUGACUGAUAUUAGUAUACAUGCACACUGAUAACAGCUCUGUCGCUGUCACUUCGGUUACCCCAAAUGACCGACAAGAAAACAUGUGCUUACAAGAAAGCUCAUAUGUGUUGUGUAAGGUGCACUUAUCAAAUGUAAGAAAGCAUUUAACAUACUUUGGAUUUCCAGGCAUAGGUAGUCUACAAGUCAGGAUUGCACUGGCUAAGAGGCCUUUCGGCCAGGGUGUGACUGCAGAGGCAGGGUUAGCGCUCGACUGUUCACUCGAGUGUUUUAAGGGCGCCAGGUCUCUGGGCUAAUGCUUGGCUCUUUGUGAAGCCAUAUGAGAUCAGCUGUGCUGCCAUGCUUUAGAAGAGCUUGAAGGCACAUGUACUUAUAAAGCUUCUUUGUCUGUGCACUGUGUACGGAACACACCUGGUGAUAGGGCUUUGUUAUGCUUGAAAAGCUGCCAUCCCACUUCCACAAAUGCAAGACACUGAAGAAAAGAGUGGCUGCAGUAAAAGCUGCAGCAGUUGGAGAUGUUGGCUCUGACGGACAGGUAUGAAAAGCAGUUCGGAGGAAGUCGAUCAUUCCCAUUCUUGUCUUUACACUUCCGAGUAAGUGGCGCCAACAGAGGCAUUCUUUCUUUUUUCUGAUGGAAAAUACUUUUCGGCAGCAUUUUAAGUGCAGUGUAAUCAAGGAUAAUGUUCUUGUACAGAUGCUGCUAUAGCCUUGUGGCAGCUAAAGACAGCUUGUGCAACAAAAGACGGAUUGUGUAACAAAAGGCAGUAGUGUAUGUGUACUUGAUGCUUGGGAGACCCUGUAUUCUUGGUAAAUAUGGUUUCUGAACCUUGUGGGAACUGUUGCCAAUCCAUCAGCAAACAAUGUACCUUCUUAGGUGAGUGGCAGCAACAGCACAAAGGAAGAAGAGGCAGAAGACCGGGGCUGAUGCUGCCCAAAAUAGCCGGUGUUAAGACCUGAGACCUCGCAACCUUGAGACUGGCAUGGUGCCUGUCAAGGCUGGUAUUUAGCAUUUGUGUUGCUCUGCAUGCAUGUUGGAGAACAAAUGCGAUAUGCAGCCUACUCAACUCUUCCUGGCUGCACCCUGCAAAGUCCGUGCACCAAUUGGAGUGUUGCACAAAGACCGCUUGGUGGGGCAGUCUGGAGCAGCAACUAGGCUAUUGGAGUUGGCCUACGUGGUUCCAGAGCUGUGUUUGUUUUCAUAGGUUUGUUUAAGAUUCCUUUCACCAAGCUGGGUCAUAUGGUCCAACAAGCAGCCGUGUACUAAAUAGAGAGCUCCCACUAAGCCAUAGGUGUAGUGGUGCCAGUGUCUAUCAUUAGUGUACCGCAAUUCUGUUGCAGUAGCAAUUAUAUGGACACUCCGAGCUAUUUCUUGCUGACAUCAUAGCCUUGGACUCCACGUAUAUUUAUGUGUAUGUGUGCUAUAUACUUACGCACGCCAUAUAUGCGGGUUAGAUUGCUACACUAUUCAAUCACUAAAGUUAGUGAUACCAGGUCUUGCACUCUUGACUAAGUUAUUCCAAAGAAUUUUGACAAUGGCAGCUUGCAAACAAAUUUCAUGAUGCAUAACAUUCACAGCACAUGCCUUUUUAUCCUAAAUCUUCUUGGACUAUUAGAUAUUAAAGGUUCAAAACAUUAUCAGUGCUCAAACCAGAAAGUGGUGCAAUUUUACUGGUGCGGCUCUUUACGGGCAGUGUAGUGGCACCUGUGGAUGUCGUUACAGGCCCUACAGGGCGUCUUUAAGGGUGCCAGAAAUUUGGCACAUUCAUGUGCGUGAAUUCACAUUCACACAUAUAGUUAAAACACCAUCCAAGAAAUUCAAGCGCACUGAUAAAUCUUGCUAUCAUAGUCAGUGCUUCACUCUUCAGUCUAAACAUGCAAUUUUUGUCAACCAAUGACCCAGUAACUACUAGAAUUUGGCGGUCUUGUCUUUUUUUUGGCUCAGCACUGAGUCCUGAAAAACUUAUUUCCAAUUCAGUUUUGCUGUGGCUGCGUUUUGACAGAUAGUGCCAUGGCACUGUGUGGAGUGAACGCUCUUGCAUUAAGCAUGGCCUUGGUUCAUGCAAUGAGAUAUUUCUGCACAUUGUGAAGAAAUUGAAUGUCUACCAUAGAUUUCAAUAUUGUGUUUUUUGUUGUAAGAUGGUCCCUGGGUGCCCUAUAUGAAGCAGGCUGGAUGAGCACUCGUUGCUUAGGUUACAUUGAGCCUGGCUUGCAAACAUGCAUUUUUGUCUUUCCUUUGAGACCAUGUUUAACUGGUUUGCAAGAUGGCACAUCUCGGCUCCCACAUACAGCAACUCUGGCAACCAUUAAUAUGUUAUGGUAUUUCGGAGAGCUGGUUAGUUCACUGCACCAUGACGAGGAACUUUAGAGAAGAGAAAAAAAAAUAACGGACAACAUACUAGACGGGACAACCGUGGUUCCAAGUUUGCAGUGGUGCUCAUCACAUGCACUGUGUCUUUGUUGUGCAUAUGCUAUAGGAAUUCUGGGCAGUACAUAUUGGGGUAGCUCGGGGUCUAAGGAAUUGCUGCUUAGCUCUCCAUUCCCACCUACCAAUAAUGUGGGUGACAGGCAUCCAGAUACACUAGGAUUUUGAUGUACAGUAAGUACUUACACCCUGUGGUUGAGGUCUCCAGUACCUUACUGAAGUACCUCUCGUACCUGGAGUAUAGCUUUGAAACAAAACUUAAUGAACGAUGAGCCAUGAUGAGCACCUGUCAUCUCUGAUAUUGCUGUUUCCGUGUUCUGAUUUGCCUCCUUGUUUCUUGCAUCAUUCUUGCUUUACAAUUAAAUGUCAAAAUGCAAUGUAUCGCCUAAUAUACGCUGCUUUCGAUCAAAAUUGCGCAGUGCUUGGGUGUCGAUAGAUUUGGGUAAUACUUAGUAACUGCGGUUUCAGUAUUUUUUUCAUGCAUUUGAUCAUUGAUUGCAUGUGUCAACAUGGUACUAGCCCAUCUGCUUACGCAGCUGUGCUUGUGUGCAGGACAGCAAAUCACACGUGUGGCAUUACAUGUUUAAGUUACGGGUGCUGUAAGCAAUUCCAAGCAUAAAUUUAUUGUUGCUGUGUGAUAACUACGGUGCUAUCCACUUAUAGUAGUAUCUCCAGGUUAAAUUGUUAGUGCUUAUCACGGCACCUAGACAUGCUGACCUUAAAUCUGCAACUGGGGAAUGUUUAUUACGCAUGUUACUAUUAUGUGUAGUAGUAACAUUUCUUUCAUGCCGUGUUUGUUUGGUGCAACAUCGAGACAAUCAAUUCUUCGGGGCAUGGUUACCUGCAUUUCGUAGUGUUGAUGAGACCACAAAAUAAAAGAAAAUGAACUAGGAAAGAAAUAACUUCUGUUUUUAGCAAUCAAAUAACAGCUUUGUUAGUUGGUGUGCUAGUUACCAAAGCACUAGACUAAGUGUGAAAUAAGCUUGGCUCUUGUCUGCUGGGUGAGGCUCAACACUCAUCUUGCAUGUGCGGCAUGUAUAUUCUGAUGAUGGUCCUGCAAUGAAUUAGUCCACCUAAUCGUAGCAGAGGGUGUAGGGUGACUCUCUCUGUAUGUGCCAGCCAGAUUCAGCAUGAUUUGCCUAGUGUCGUUUUACUAUUUCAUUUGACACAGUCUCUAUGUAGAAAGUAGCUUUAUUUCUCUGUAUUACACCCACCUGCAAUGAUGCUCCCAUGAGUUAAUCGGCUACUUUUCACAAUCAGCUCUUCUAUUCUUAUAAGAUGUAUACUGUUAUGUAUGAUACAAUAUAAAUGAGUCGCAGGGCGCAGAACGACGUACAUACAUAUUAACACUUGGUUGCCAUAAUCAGCUAGUGUUUGAGGAUAUGAGUUCACCUUAUUUUCCACUUUAUUCCCCUGAUGUCUGAGAUAGUGGUUGUAGGCUAACAGGGUGGCCGUGUGCUUGCUUGGGGGGAAUGCAGUACCGCUACCAGAAAGAGACGCAUGUUCAGGCCUGUGCACAGGCCCUUUGUGAUCAUAUGCUGAGACCCUCCUGACGUGAUUAAAUAAGAAAGUGACACUAAGGGCCCUACAGUGCUGCAGUGCAAAUCUGGGCCUCUAGCAGUGUUUCAAACGAUACCACACAGUGCUGAAGUACUCUUGAGAGCCUCGGGAAUAAGUACAUUUGCUGAAAUAAAUCUGUAUGUGUCUGUUUACUUGAAUGUUUUUUCAGAUGAUGUGGCUUCUGACAUCAAAUGCACGUGACAGCAAAGGGUUGAAAAAUCUGGCACUGUUACUCUUGCGACCUCGCAAAAGCUGUGCCCUACACUAUUGCCACUGGUGUUGGCCCAUGUGAAAUGUGUCAGUGGGUCCAGACUAAUGGACUGUGGAUUAAAAGUUCAGACACUUUCUGUCGCCUUAGUCAAGCGGCACUAGCUACUGUGGCUGAGCACAGAAUACUAAUUUGGUUUCAUUCCUGGCUGUGUCAGCUGCAUUACGAGAGGAGAUUAAUUUAAUGAAUGACUGUGCACCAAGCAAGUGCUGCACCUUGAGAAGCCCCAGGCAGUCAACUGUGUUGCACAAGGCCUUUCCACCAUCAAGUUGGCAGUACACUGUGCAUCCUCGAUCUUUGUAGUUGCACCGCCACCGAGGGGAAAUAAGUGUCCGAGCAUUCAAGAAUGUUGUAAGCAUGCCGACAAGUUGACCCAAAGUGGUUUGUUAGAAAGAAGGCAAAGCACAUGAUAAAAGUGUACUGCAUCUGAACGCCUUGCAAAACUAAGAAUCUGCAGUGGUACUUGAAAUUACCACCUUUCCUGCUGUCCACAUUCAGAGUGAUGUAGCAGACUCGGUGGUAGGUGACAGAUCCUUCUCAGAAUUGUGCAGCAGCUUUCCUGCGGGGCAGUUUGCCCACCUAAUGGUGGGAUGCUCGCUUUGGCACACUGCAUAUAAUCUGAAUCGCACUUGCCUAAAGUGAUCAGUUGGCUGCAGUCUUCCAGAAAAAAAAAAAGCGCAGGCUGCCAUCGCAGACCAUGCAUGACCGUGCUGUAUGUUGGGUCCAUGGGCUAUAGAAGAAGCAUUUGUGGAAACUAGCACUUAUGGACGCUGGCACAGUUUGCAGCCAGUCACUUGACCACUCUACACAAGUGAUCCCAACUGUACAAGCACAGUUUGGUUGUAUUAUGACAUGUGGAUGUGGGCCUUGUGUGUGUCUUGUAUUGCUACUCUCCUAAUCACUCUUGAUGCUUUGGGUAUCAUUUGUCUAGAUGAAUUAUACUGUAUCAGUUUGCAGACACUUGGUCCCAAGCAUCUCCACUUCUUGCAUUGCUGCCAGUGCUUGACAGUUGUUUACUUCCAAGUACCAUUUGCUUACGUGCAGAACUUUUAAAUCAAUUCUGUAGACUUGACAAUAGGAAGUAAUGUGUUGGUUUUAAAUCUAAAUUCCAGCCAUAACUACUACUCUGGCGUAUGUACUAGCGCCAUGGUUAGGCUGAGCAUAUUUUUGCCACUGAAGCAGACAUGCUCUUUAGGUUAUGACAAAGCAACAAAAAUCUGGGUGCCCAUGACAGGCAUGUGGCAUCAGCGCUGUACAAAAAAAAAAAAUUGAGAAUGUCGGUCAAAGGUUUACUUACAUUGGGCCUCUGCCUGUUACUGUUUAGAGUAAUGGCCUUGUGAGGGUUGCUCUCUUCAGUUUAUCAUCUUUGUGCCUUACUCAUUCGAGAAAUAUUUUCAAUUCUUGUUGGCUAAAACAAUUUUCUGACUUAUCUAAAAAAAAAUUUGGAUCAGGUAGCAUGGCUGCACAGCUUAAGCUCAUUUUAACAACUUGUGCAACAAAGUAAAUUUCAAGAUUCUUAUAAUGAAAAGAUGUGAGAAGGUAUUUCACUGUAAAUUUUGUGCAAAGCACAAAGCAGUACUCCUCAAUAACAGUUUGUGCAGUACAAAAUUCACUUUUCUGUACACAGUUAUAUUACAUGCUUUUAAUGUGACAGACCUUGCAGUUAUUGUAAUUUUAAUUUGGGCAUUUGGACAGGCACAGUGUGAUAUUACAUGCACCACUCUUAUUAAAAUUCAUAUUAUUAACACUUUGUUUGCGAUACUAGUUUUAUUGCGGAAAGUUGUGCUGUCAGUAGAGCGAGAAAUCUAUUGAGCUAAACGUAGUUCUCUGCUGGAUUAACGUACCAAGAACAUUAAAUCAUGUAAAAUGACAUUGCUUAGACAAAGUGGACACCAGGGUACCAUCAAUUGUGCAAUGCCAAAAAUGAUAGUUUAGUGCCGGAAUAUAGUUUUACAUUAAGAAGUAAUUUCCAAUUAACGAGAGCAAAGGAGUGGGAGGGACCAAGAGGCCCAAUUUUUGAAUCGCGACCAUAUGAAGCCAACAGAUAAUGAAGCCAAGGAAAGCACAGGGAAGUUGUGUAGCUUUAAUUAAAGUGUAGCAAUGUUAAUGGGCAAUGAAAUUUGACGAAAAAACAACUUGCCACCGGUGGGAACUAAGCCCACAACCUUCGCAUUACGUGUGCAAUGCGCCACCAAGUGUGCUACGGCAGUGGCUGUUUCAAUGUCCACAUCUCGGGUAUCUAUGUGGGUAUCUAUGGACGUGAACGCCCUUUCCGACCGAUGGAGCACCCAAUGGCUGAAAUGUUACUGUAGUGCAAGUGUCAGCACUUUCUUUUUCUCUUUUGUGCGCGAUUAUUUCUAGACACAAGCGGCCUGCAGAUGUCCACUUCCUGGGCUGUGCAAGGUGCUGCAAGAUGCAAGAGUCUCUUGUGUUUCAAUUGUUUAGUACGAUCUGCUCUGUCACCUUGUCUGCUGUGCUGGCAAGUUCACGAAGCCAAUGGCACUUGUGCUUUUUAUAACAAGAAAUAAAGUGCUGGCAAUUUCGGCACCGUGA